AUGGUUAAGACGUCGCCAGCAGACACGCAUUCUGAUGUGUCGUUUUUCUUGCCGCAUCACGGGAUGCUUCGACCCAGCAGUUCAUCGUCCAAAUUGCGCGUCGUUUUUAACGGCUCAGCAUUUUCCUUAUUCGGGGUCUCCCUCAACAACUGCCUGCAUGUCGGCCUAAAGCUCCAACAGGAUUUCGCCGAUGUCUUGCUAAGCUGGCGUCGGUACAACUUCGUGUUUCUCGCCGACGUGGAAAAGAUGUACCGACAGAUCGAGGUACAUCCAAACGACCACCAUUUUCAACGGAUACUCUGGAGCAGAGACGAGCCACCGCAGGAAUAUCAAUUGUGUACGGUGACCUAUGGGUUGUCGUGCGCGCCGUACCUCGCCCUGCGCGUAUUGUCGCAGCUCGCCGUCGAUGACGGCCCUCAAUUUUCACUGGCUGCCCCAGUCCUCCAAAACAAGAUGUACGUCGACGACGUCCUGUCUGGAGCGUAUAUGCUAUCUCUCGCGCAAUCCAAGGCUGAACAGCUGAAUAAUCUGCUCAUGGCGGGUGGCUUUUGCCUUCACAAAUGGGUGUCGAACGAGACCGCCGUCCUUGCCAAAGUCGAGGAUGCUUGCAUUGAAUCUCCUGCCUCCAGGGCGUUCUUGCUCGACGCAUUGCCCCGGGUUCUCGGUCUCGCUUGGAAUCCUCGUGCUGACUCCUUUGUCUUUCAGUUGCACUUGCCGCGGGCGUCCAACACACUGACUAAACGAGUGGUACUCUCGCGAGUCGCCCAACUGUUUGAUCCUCUAGGGUGGAUCGCUCCCACCAUCGUCGUGGCAAAGAUCUUUCUCCAAGGUCUGUGGAAGCUUCAACUACCGUGGGACCAGCCACUCCCUGCAUCGUGGGCUCAACGAUGGCUGGACUUCGAGGCGGAACUAAAUGCCAUCUCGUCUAUCUCUCUCUCUCGCUGGCUUGGCAUCCAUCCAUCCACCUCCAUGGAAAUCCACGAGUUCUCAGAUGCUUCUAACGCACUCGGAGCUGUGCUCUACCUUCGAUGUACCACGUUCGAAGGUCAAACUACGGUGUCGCUGAUCACCGGAAAAAGUAAGGUUGCUCCGCUCAAGCGAUACCGCGCCUCGAGCUUUCUGCAGCCUUGUUUUUGUCUCGCUUUGUGUCUCGAGUCCGCACGACUCUUCAACUUACGAGUACGCGCAUCUUUGGACUGA